AGAAUGAGGGCGUGAAUAGUUAUAACGGGGGGCCUGGAGGAGGUCCUAAAAGCUGCCUUUGUGGAAAGUUCACAGUUCCUCAUUUAAAUAAUCUUUUCCCAACUUCCAGAAUUUUCUCUUGUUGGGUAUAUAGGAGAGGAGAGGCCGACACAAUUGAUUCGUCGAAACGUCGAGGAGAGGAAGAAAGCACAAGGACGAGCAACUGAGGACUUCACAGUGACAUACAGUCAUAAAGAGCAUGUGGGCGAUUAAGAUUGCAGCCAUUGGCCUUUGUGUGGCUUUGGCAACUGCAGAAGAUAAAAAGUUGAGCAGUCAUGCCGCCACUCUGGCUGAUCAUAGCUCAAACUUAGCUUUCAGCCUUUACCAUAACAUGGCUAAAGAGAAGAAUAUAGAGAACAUCUUGUUCUCACCUGUGGUGGUUGCCUCCUCACUUGGACUAGUGCACCUUGGCGGUCAGUCUAACACAGCAUCCCAGGCUAAAAAGGUGCUCUCUGCAGAGAAAGUGAAUGAUGAUCAUCUCCAUAAUGGGCUUUCUGAGCUUCUCACAGAGGUAAGCAACUCUACGGCCCGCAAUGUGACAUGGAAGAUUGGAAACCGACUUUAUGGCCCAAGCUCAGUCAACUUUGUGGACAACUUCGUUCAGAGCAGCAAGAAACAUUACAACUGUGACCAUUCCAAAAUCAAUUUCAGAGACAAAAGAAGUGCAUUGAAGUCUAUCAAUGAGUGGGCUGCUAAGACCACAGAUGGAAAGUUGUCAGAGAUUACUAAAGAUGUGGAAAACACUGAUGGAGCCAUGAUUGUCAAUGCCAUGUACUUCAAGCCUCAUUGGCAUGAGCGAUUUCACCACAAAAUGGUGGACAACCGUGGCUUUAUGGUAUCACGCUCCUUUACAGUAUCAGUUCCAAUGAUGCAUCGCACAGGAAUUUAUGGUUUCUAUGAGGAUACAGAAAACCAGUUGUAUGUUUUCAAAAUGGACCUUGCGCACAAGAUGUCCAGUAUGAUUUUCCUAAUGCCAUAUCAUGUGGAACCGCUGGACAGACUGGAGAAACUUCUCACAAGGAAACAGGUUGACAUUUGGCUGAGCAAACUGGAGGAGAAAGCUGUUGCUGUGUCCCUACCCAAAGUGGAACUUGAUGUCAGCCAUGACUUAAAGAAACAUCUUGCCGAACUGGGCAUGUCAGAAGCUGUUGACAAAUCAAAGGCAGAUUUUUCAAAGAUUUCUGGAAAGAAAGACCUUUAUUUGACCAACGUGUUUCAUGCUUCUGCACUAGAAUGGGACACUGAAGGCAAUGAAUAUGAUGCCGGAAUUUAUGGCACAGAGAAGCUGAGAAAUCCAAAGCUUUUUUAUGCAGAUCACCCAUUCAUUUUCCUUGUUAAAGACAAUAAAUCAAACUCAAUUCUUUACAUAGGUCGACUUCAAAGACCCAAAGGAGAUAAAAUGAGGGAUGAAUUAUAGGUUAUAUACUUUUUGUGUGUUUGAAAACUAUGUUGUAAGCAGUGUUGGAACAGAACAUUACAUUUUGUUAGAUGAAAAUGCAACAUGUAUGUUACCUCAUGUGCUCAGUCACAACCUGUGGAUUUUAAAUAGUCACGUUUUAAAAUCUGCCUGCAGUAUGAUUUUAGGGCUAAUUUCUAUGCAAAGUAUCACAAUUACAAGUUCUGCAGUGUAGGCGGUGAAUUACAGAAACCUCCUGACAGACAGCGUGCUUAUAUUAAGUAUGGUGUGGUUUUUUUUUUUUAAACCAAUUGCCACUUAUUGCCUUAAAUUAAAUCCACAAUACUGUUUUGUUCAGGGGUCUUUAUAUGUCUUUAAGCUUCCAUUUACGCACAAAUGUGAAAUGUUAUUUUUCAACUGUUGAAUAAAUGUGUGCUGUGGUUUCAUUCCAAAGAGCUUUUAUGUUUUUACAUUUGUAUGUUUCAUCUGCACUGAAAAUUGCUCUUGUGCACUAGGGUGGACCUCUGGAUAAGACAGUAAAUGUGGAUCAGGUGAACCUAAUUUAAAUUCUUCACACGCAAUUGGAUUACAUUAAGACAUGUUGCAGAAGAUGAUGUUACAAACAUCAAUUAUAAUGGUGUGUUAUUAUGGCUUUUUUUAUUAAUAAAUUUUUUUUAAUUCUUCA